AAUAAAAUCAAUUGUCUAUUGUCAUUUUUACACAUUUUGAAAAGUGAAACAGAGUUAAGAACAAUGUCGAAAAUUAAACAAAAUAAAAAAAGAAAACUCCAGGCUAAAACUGCAGGAGGCGUAGAAUUUCAAAUAGACAAGCCCAAAAUGAAAUUUCGUCUAUUUGAUGAAAAGGCACAAGCCGAAGAAGAACAUUUGUCCCAAAUUCUGUUUGGAGGAGCCACGAGUUUCCUACAAUGUCUUGAAGAAGCUGAACAAGAAGCAGGAUCAUCUCAAAUAGUUGCAGAUUCUGGUGUAGGCGAAACUGAUACAGACGAUGAUGACCAAAUACUUAAACCAGCUUGGACUGAUGAAGAUGACGACGGUAUAGACGUUGGCCAAGCCCUAGAUAGCCAACGACGUAAAUUACCUUCUGGGGGAAUUAAUUCUGUAGAUAAUAAAUAUUCGAGUUUGCUUAAACACAAAUUUCAAUCUACAGUGGGGACGCCGGAGUGGGCUUCUUUGAAUAAACGGAAGAGACUUGAAUCAGACUCUGAUGAAGAGAUAUUACAAAGCUGUGGGUUUAUUUCAAAGACUACGAAAGCUCAAUUACCUCCCAGUUUACUGGAAUUCAAAAAAGUUAAAGAUUUGAAUUCUGAAACAUAUUCAGAAGGCCCCUUCAUAAAUUCUGUUGAAUUCCAUCCAACCUCUAGUGUAGCAUUAGUUGCAGGAAAUGGAGCAAUUGCUACAUUAUUUGCAGUUGAUGGUAAAAGAAACAACAAGUUACAUAGCAUUAAAUUCCAACAAUAUCCAAUAUUAUGUGCAAAAUUUCUGCAAAAUGGUAAUGAAGCCUUAUUAGGAUCUAGACAAUCGCAUAUUUUUAGUUAUGAUUUAAUAGUAGCAAAACCAAUUCGAUAUAAUUUACCACAAGGAUUGACACAAUCUAAAAGUUUUGUUGUGUCCCCUAAUUCUCAGGUUAUAGCUGUUGUUGGAAAAUGGGGAGAAGUCCAUUUGUUAUCAGCAGCUACAAAGGAAAAGAUUGGUUUGUUAAAACAGGAGUCUGAAGUUACUGCACUUACAUAUAAUCCCACAGGAAAUCUUUUGUUUGGACACAGUGAUUAUGGUGAAAUUACAGUUUGGGAUAUGAAUAUGCAACGAGUUAAACAUAAAUUCACUGAUGAAGGUUGCCUUCAAGGUACUACACUGUCUAUAUCUCCUUCCAACCAGUUUAUUGCAGCAGGAUCUGCUCAAGGAGUAGUCAACCUUUAUGGUAUGGAGGAUGUUCUAAAAACAAACUUACCUAAACCCAGAAAAAGUAUAAUGAAUCUUACAACUGCCAUUAAGGACCUAAAAUUCAAUCAAUCAUCAGAAGCAUUGGCUUUUUCUUCAGCUGAAAUACAAAAUUCUGUAAAAAUAUUUCAUAUAGGUUCAGGAACAGUGUUUAGUAAUUUUCCUAAUUAUGAUACAAAAAUGGGUCAUAUAAAUGUUUUGAAUUUUUCUCCUGGUAGUGGAUAUUUAGCAUUCGGCAACAAAAAAUCUGUUGUUUCAUUAUAUAGGUUAAAACAUUUCAAAAAUUAUUGAACUAUUUAAUAAAUUAAUGAUAAUAUGAACACAUCUGGUCCCAGAAAUUAAAAAUUUACUAAUUCAUAGUUUUUGUAUAUAAAUUGUCUUGUUGUUCAAGAAGUUGAAUUUUGGAAAUGAAAAGAUUUGUAUUUGUCACAUAAUAUUGGGAAUAUGUUUAUCCAGUAUCAUCAUCACUAUUGCUAACAGAUUAGAUUGCAGUUUAUGAAUAUUAGAAAGAAAUGAAAUAAUUUCUACUUUUAAUUUAAUUAGAAAUAAUGAGAAUUUCAUGUGAUAUAUAACCUCCAUUUUUGCUUUCAGUAGUAUUUAUAUUGUAUUUUGAAUUAACUCCUUUUUGUUUUUUCUUAAUUCUCUUCUACAAUAGGUGAUCAAAUAUAAUCUUGUAAAAUAAUAACAAACUGGAAACUUACAUUGAUGAUCAUCUAUAAAAAGUGCUAAUUGGUCUCACUUGAAAUAAAAGUUUCAAAUUUACAAAUGUAACAUAUUAAUUUCAAUAACAUGAAUUUUGUCAGUUACUGCCUAUUUCAGCAAUUUUUUUAAAUACUUUCAUGUUAACUGUAACAUUUCUGAGUUUUAUCUAUGCUUGUUUUGUGUGAUGAUGAAUAUUUAUACCAGUCCCAAAUACUGAAGCGCAACAACCCUGUGGUAGUUUUGGAACAACCAUAUGUAUAUCAUUUAAUGGUCUACAAGUUUUUACUAAUAUUGUCUACUUAAUAUAGAUAUUUUUAAAGACUCCAUUAAUGGUGAUUAUAGCCUUUCAUAAACAAUUUUUGGAGUAUAUUUUUCAAACAUUUUCUUUCAACCAAAAGUUGCAAUAUUCAAACAAUUCUGUAGGCUUUCCUAAAAUUAUGUUAACAAAAUACAUAUAUUUAAAAUUUUCUUUCCUAUUAUGAAGUUCUUUUGCCAAUUUUAACAUUAUUACAGUUCCUUUUGCAUGAAAUCUCAGAUAAUUUGAACUCAUUUAGGUGUAGCUCAUUCAAUUCUACGUCCUGUUUAAUUUUACAGAUGAAUUGAGAUUUUCACUUUUCCCGAUGCAGCACCAACUUUUGUUUCAUGGAAAUAACUCAGUUCAGAUAUUUGAUAAAUGAUUGAAAAGUUUGAGGAAAGAUUAACUUGUUUUUUUAUUAGUACCUAAUGAGUUUUAUUUUACUUUUGUAUUGACUAGUGCAUUUUGGGUUAGAAUACAACGAACUGAAUGAAUGUCUCUAUUUGUCAUUUCAUUUGACCCACCAUAUCAAAGUGAGAAUAGGUGAGCUGAUACUAUCAGCUCAAUUUGAAAUAAAUCAGAUCAUUUGUAAAAGGAAAGUUAUGAUUUUCGUCAAAUAAUGAAAAUGCAUAAUAGAAGCACAUAUAAUAUAACCUAAAAUGAAAUUGCAAUAUUAUUUUGUCUAUUAUUUCACCAUAAGAAUGUUACAUAUAUUGAAACAAGAAUUUUUUAAUGUGACAAUACAAUUCUUCCCAUAAAAUUUUCUGUAAAUUCAACUUUAAUUGUAGCUAUAUCUAUCUAUUUUAAUACUUUGGUUCACUCAGUAGAUAUACUGCACAUUAAUAACUUUAAGGGUGUUGAAAUAUCAUGUAUAUCCUUACUUUGCAUGAUUGUUUCUUUAUUGGUGAUAUAAUUCAUAUUCAAAAUUAAAGGAAAAAUGUUUAAAAAAAAUCUUAUUUUAUCUUAAUAGUAUAAAUUUACCCAAAAACAAUAUGAUGAAAAUUUCCAUCAUCAUGCAAAGUUAGAUCAUCAGCUUAGUACUAAAUAGACAUAAAAGAGGAUAUCAUUGGAUAUUUUUCAUUCUUUAUGAUAAUUAACAAAACAAUUAUUUUUAUUUAGAAUUUACAUUUACUACAAGAAAUUGUAGGGUUAACCACCCGCUGUUAACUAAUGUUCUGCACCAUCUGUUUUUAUAUCUUUUGGAGGUGGAAGAGCUGGAGAAGCCAUUUUUCUUUUUGAUUGCAGUUUAUCCUCAAAGGUAGUAGUUCUUGGCCGACCUCGUUUUAUUUCUUUACUGGUUCUUUUAUUACAAAGAAUAAAGUCAAAUUCAUUUCUGAAUUGGCUCAUUGUAAGUAGAUUUUUCUUAUGAUGGCUUCUUUCAAUGACAUUUUUUCUAUAAUUUACCCACGCAUUUAUUACUGCAAGAUCCACUAUCCAUAAGGUCUACACCUCACAUAUGUUUAUUAUACUUUUAAACAAUGGGCAAGUAAUUCCAAUUUUUUCCUUCUUUGUCUUGUCAUAUCUGGAAACUUCAGUGACAGGUAAAGUCUCAGCAUAGGUGAAUAAUAGGGUUACUCCUUUAUUAUCCUACACCAUCAAGUGUAGAUACUCUUUCUUAGUAACUUCUUCAGGGCUCUGAUUUUUCCAUGAAGCUUUUUCUGUCUGGUAAUUUAUUAUUUGGAAUUCUAUUUUGUUGGUUAGUUCUCACUGUAAGAAUACCUUGUUUUGUUAAUAAAUGUACUAAUGGUAAAGAGGUGUAAAAAUUAUAGAAAUAAUUCUUGGUACUUCCUGAAGCAAACAAACCACCACAUUUUCUGUAGCACCAAGAUCUGGUUCAUCUGGUAAAUUAAAUUUCAAAUUUCAAAUAUCACAUUAAAUUAGAUAGCACAUAUAAUUUUAAACUUCAUUUAUGGGGCUUAUUGGGCAGACAUUGCUUUAGGAAGUGUCCGAGUUUUGUUCAUUUACACAAAGUCCUUGGUACAUUGGUACUUUAUCAAAUCUUUCGUUGAGGUGCUGUAGUUCAAAUUGAAUUUUAUGGAGUCUAUUAUGUUCCGGGUGCCCUACGGGUUUAUGAAGAUCAUUUUUGUUGAAAAGUAACAAUAACUUAAUGUUUUAAAAUGUAUUCAACGGCAUUUUUGAAGCAAUCGGUUCAUAUUCAAACUUGGGGCACCAGUAUGAUCUAGUGCUGUAAGACAUGUAUAAAAGAAUGCCAAAAAACAAAAGCUGUAGAUGAAAUGAAGUUACCUUGUAUUAUAUAUAGGUUUGUUUGUUCCAUUAAUGUAUUGAUAAAAUCCUUUAAAAUAAAAUGGGUGAAAUACAUAAGCACAUUGAUACUUGACUCUAGAUUGCGCAGGCAAUAGUUUGAGAGAAGUGUUUUUAGCAUCUUCUAUUAUUUCUGGAGUACUUCAAAAAAUCAUUUAUUUAAACACAAAUCACAAUAAACUUUCAAAUUUUAUUGUAAACACUAUUAUUACUCAGAAAUAGUAAUAACACUUAAUUUUAACAUUUAAACUACCUUGCAGUCACCAGUAUAUAUUUGAACACAAAUCACAACAAACCUUUCAUUUUUAUUGUAAACACUAAUAUAACCUCAAAAAAUCAUAAUGUCUACUUCUUUAGUCUUCUUAAAUUUGGCCUUUUGACUUUCGGCACCCAACCAGAUUCAUAUGGUAUUCGUGUAUUUCCUCUAUCGUUCGAGACCAUAUAUAACAUAAGAAAAAGAAGAAUUUCAAUACAUGUAUGUUUUGUUAUUUUUUAAUACAUGUGUGAAAUAAGCUACUUUCUUAUGUAAAGAUGAAUGUGCAAUCUAUCAUUUUCAUAAGUGGUCAUAGGAAAAUAUAACCUAACUCCCAAAGUGAUGUAAAAUUCUAUCAUGUGUAAUUUUUUAAAUUGAAAACGAAAUCAUACGUUUAUUGCAACUACAACUUCAAACUCGUUUUAUUAACAAUGACAAUAUGUUUUUUUUUUAAUUCAAUGGACAGUAAAAAGGUAUCAGACACGAUCAACUUAAAGUGAACUUUUAUAUAAUUUUUGGGCAUUCAAUGUUAUGGUGGAAAUUUUCACCAUUAUGCAAAGAAGGGAUAUGCUCAUAAAUAAUUAUGAUGGAGUAAUCCACCAUUGAUCUAGUAUGUGAAUAUGGAAAAUAACUUGUCGUAUUUACCUAAAUGAAUAAAUUAGAAUAAAUUUCUUCAUUUUCUCAUUUUUCAAACCUUAUAUUUUCUUGAAUUUUCCUGAAAAACUAUUUUAGGUCUUUAAAACAACAGUAACCCAUUCCAAUACUUAAAUUUAGUCAUAAUUCGUUAUUUGGUUCAAACUUUUUGAUAAAUUUAAUAUUUCUUUUACUGUCAUCGCACUAUCUUUCUACUCAUCAAUAUUUUAUUCUACCGGGGAAGGCUUCUCAUAUUUAGAAUAAUCGUCGAUUCCUAAAGCUGACAAGAAAUGAAAGAUAACAACUUUAGAACUGCUUCGUUUCGCCAGGAUUUUGGGUAGCUAUCAACAAAAAAAGUAAUUAUAUGAUGACCAAGACAUUCAAACUUCUCUUAAACCCAGCACAUUGAAGAGCACAACUACAGUUAGCUAAAGAUCAUUUGGACUAGGAAGACUAUUUAAAAUGACAUGAUAUCCAUUUCAAAUUAUAUAAAUGUUCGAUGAAAUAGCUUAGAAAAAUGAGCACACAGAUAUAUAAACAAUUUUCGUUAAUUAUAAACAAUUGAUAAAAUCAAAGUUCAAAAAAAUUCCAUCAGUUUAAAAGUAGUCUCUGUAUUGUUACUGUAUUAGCUUGAUGAGUACUUUCCCAAAAUCAACUGGUGUACUGGAACAAGGGGUAGUUAAAGCCAGUUUCAAAUCUUUGGACAUAGUAUAGUGAUUUAACCAGACAUUAAAUAGUAAUGUAGCAGAAUUACUGAAAGUAGUCAAUAAAACAAAUAAUUUUCCUCAUAUUUGGUAAGCUUAAAGCUUAUUUAUUUAUGUUCAGUUUAUGUUCGAAGCAUGAAAAAUAUCAGCUAAGAAAAUAGCCUAUUCAUUUCCAAAGUUUUUAAUUAAUUUGACUAUAUUUUACGGUUACAUCCUGCAUUAUCCACGUAAUUUUAAAGUUCAUAACAAAGAAAAGUCAACCUAGACAUAAAUAAGUAAAGGUAUUUUGAAAAAAUUUUCUGGGCUCACAAAAAUUUGAAACAGCCUUUCUCAAAGUUUGAAAACAUUAUUUUCACCUAAUUUGAAACGAAAAUCAAAUAUAAUUUACGUUAGUAACACGUUGCACAAGGCAGUCAUACCAGUUUUUAGUACAACAAAUAAAUUACCAGUUGAUGAAUAUCAUUGAUUCAUCAAUAAGCCGGUAUUACAGGUAAUUUUCAAAUUAGUCAUUACAGUGGCGCACAUCUAUCGGUGUGUAUUGGAUGUACAAAUCUCAGCUUCUCUCGGGAUACGGUUGAGGUCGGUUGUGUCGAUUGAUUUGUUGUUAAGGACGAGGGUGAAUCGGUUUAUAAUUUCAUUUAAUAUAUUUUGUGUUGUUAGUUGAAUUAAAGGAUUAUCUUCAGGAAAAAGGCGAGUCUUUAAGCUUUCAAUUUUUUAUUAACGAAAAUUAUACGUUAUAAAUUUAAUUGAAAUUUUAUUUCAACACAAUUUAAGUACUUUUUAAAUUAGAAGUAAGACUUGCGCACUGAUUAGCAUUUGUUUACAUACAAUUUGAUUGUAACUGCAUUUUGAUUUCCAUUCCUCUCCAUUUGUAUUUUAAAUUUCUCUAUUUCAAACUGAAUUUUUCCAUUUUUUUGUUUUCUUCUUUUCUCUUUAUUCUUUCUCAUUUUAUAUUGUCAAUAAUUCGUUUCUUACCAAUAGUUUUCUUAAUGGUCAUUGGUAUUUUAUAUUACUUAUUACCUAUUAUUUAUUUUCAAUUUACUCUAACUGGCACAACACUUGAUCAAAUUUCUUAAUCAUUUUCACUGUAGAAUAGAUUGGUCUUAGUAUAUACAACGUUUUCCUGUUAAUGAUAAUUAAAUAAUUAAAACAUUACAAUUUCCUAAAUUUACGUUCAGCAUGUGUAUGGUUUAUAAAUUCUUCGUUCUAAUUAUUUCUCUUUCUCAGUUUGCUAUUAUCUUUUCUUAUAUUUCUGUAUUUGAUUUUUUAUUUAAUAACAAUUUAUCCUUCGAUUAUUUUCUUAAUUUAAAUGUAUUAAUGAUUUUUUUAUUCAUUAUAAAUUGCAUUUCGUAUAAUUUUGUUUUUUAUGCCAUUUUAUUACAUUUUGUAUAUUAUACUAUAUUUAUGCAUGUAUCAAAUGUUUUAUAUUCUUUUCUUUUCCAUUUAUUGACUGUUAUUAUACGAUAUUA